CUGUGCCUCUCUCUCGUAGUCGUAUCUGCGUUGCGCCGCUGCUUAAACAAACGCCGGACAGGGGAGGGCCGCGGCACGCGUCUCCAGUCUCCACCCUCCACGGCUCCACCCAUCUCAAAACCCUAGCAACCGCGCCUCCAUCGGUCCAUCCCUACCCCAAAUCCCAAUCCAAGUUCGGUCCCCAGGCGGCGAGGACCCUCCCGCGCCGACUCGUCCCCGCAGAUCGGCGGGCGGGGCAGAUUCAGAUUCGGGUCCGUGGUUCGCUCGGCUAGCCUCGCCGGGGUCCCACCGCGGCGGUCGGGGAGCAUGGUGGGAGGGGGGAGGCGGGGAGGAGCGGCGGCGGAGGAGGUGAAGCUCAACACCGGCAACGUGUUCGCGGCGCUCGAGUCCCUCAAGAAGAAGAAGAAGGGCGACAAGGGCAGGGCGGCCGGGCCGUCCUCCAGGAAGAAGCACGGCGCGGGGGCCGCGCAGCAGCAGCAGGAGCCGCCGCAGAAGGAUGUCUUCUGGGCUCCCGCGCCGCUCACCACCAAGUCCUGGGCAGACGUCGAGGACGACGACGACGACGACUACUUCGCCACCACCGCGCCGCCGCGCCCCGUAUGGGCCGCCGCCGCCGCCGCCGAGCCCGCCAAGGAGGAGGAGGACGUCGAGGAUGCUGUCCGCGCCGCCCUUCAGGAGGACGUUGAGAGUGACGACGAGGACCUUGAUGACGAGGACCUUGAUGAUGGAGCUGAGCAUGAAGUGGAAGAUGCCCCAGCCGAACUUGCUGUCAAAACAGUUGAAGCCCUGGCUGCGCCACCCAAAGAUACAGAAAGGCAGCUGUCUAAAAAGGAGUUGAAAAAGAGGGAACUAGCAGAACUUGAUGCAGUAUUGGCUGAGCUGGGACUUUCUGGGAACUCAACCAGCGCUGCACAGGAUGCUGAGAAGGAAGGUGCCAACCAAGCUGGUGAUGCAGAGAAAAAGGAAGAUGCUACUGUCCCCUCAGAGAGCAAGACCUCCAAGAAGAAGAAAAAGAAGGACAAGAGUUCAAAGGAGGGAAGAAAAGAAACACAAGAAGCAGCCGAGGGGUCAGAGGAGACUGCCAGUGCAGGACCUGAUGAAGAAGAUACCACUGCUGUGGACGUGAAGGAGCGUUUGAAGAAGAUGGCUUCAAUGAAGAAGAAGAGAUCGAGCAAAGAGACGGACACCGGUGCCAAAAUCGCCGCUGCCGAGGCCACAGCAAGGAGCGCAAGGCUUGCGGCGGCCAAGAAGAAAGAGAAGAGUCAUUACAACCAGCAGCCUGUGCGGUAAAUGGGCAUAAAGUUUUGGAUUUGGGUGCUCUGAAUUUUAUAUUUCCUUGUAGUUGGACUCACAAUAAUACUUUUUUGAUCUGUCGUAUUUAUGACCGGGAAGUUCCUUUGAGUUCCAUUUCAGAAUUCAUGAAAGGCCUUUGUGGUUGCAAACGGUGGUGUAAUUGUGUUUU